AUGACAAUCCUUUCAAUUCUGUCCACUGUCCUGCUGUCCUCAACAGCGCCUAAUGCUUCGUGGAGAUUCGAAGCCGAUGGGACAAACGUCUACCAUGGAAAGGGUCCCAAAACUUGCACGGAGUUUCCGGAUGGCGAAAAGAUCCAGAGAAACUACCGCGUUGAUGGGAAAGUCGAUAAGGGCGUAUGGGUCAAGUUUUAUCACAACGCAGAGUGCAAAGACAGCUGGCCUAUAAGUGAAUUGAGCCAUGAGACAGACUCUUUCAGGUCUUUCUACAUGAUCCGAGCAUAUCAAGUUUGCGCCGAUGCAUACUGCUUCACUCAAGGCAACGACAUUGUGGAUACUAUUGUCAAAGAUGAGAAAGAGAAUUUGGAGGUAGCUCUGUAA